AUGAUCUUUCAUCAUCGUCGUCCCCGGAUAGUCAACCCUCCACUAAUAUCUAGAACCCACCCCCAGCCCGUCGGCUAUCCGAUUCUUCACUAUCUUCGAGAAAAUUCCACAUAUUGCCCCCCCUUGUUGUGCCAGCCCCUUCACUCGUGGUGGGACUGCAUUCUGCUUGUCCUCUCCCCCAAGUGGCUGAGGACGUCGGUUUUGAUGUGGAGUACGUGGUGUGCAAUGGCCCUUGGUACGUUUCUUUCAUGUGUUGAGCAAGGAAAGAAGGAGGCUGAGGUGGUGUCUAGCAUACACAAUGUUCAACGUCUACCUCCCAAAACUCCUCGAAAUGGGGUGGGUCUGGAUCCACAGCAAAAUCAUCAUCCAUCCCACCAACAAAAACACUUGAACAGAGUUUAUGGGAUGUUGUUAUUUUCACUAUUGUGGGUGUCCAGGUUUCUCAGAGUGUGGCUCAUUGAAAUGAGGUUAGGCCAGAGGUGGUCCCUUGCUCAAAGCACCUUCAUCACUGUGUUCUUCUGCAUGGUGUUUGUGCUCAUGGAGUCAACAUAG